AUGUCUGACGUUGCCGUGACAAUCAUUCUCACCUUACUCAUCAUUGCGGACAUCAUUGGUAACUGUCUGGUUUGUUUUGUCAUAAAGACAAACCAAGAUAUGAGGUGCGUUGAGCCUGUUCGAAAAUAGUUUAAAAACCCUGCAGUUAUCGUGCUAUCUUUUUAAUUCGUUUGUUUAUUUUGUUGCUGUUUUCUUUUUUUUUUACCAUCUACGACCUUUCCCAUUAUUUGUUAUCACAUUUAUCCCACAGAACUCCCAUCGAUUACCUGCUUGUAAACCUGGCCAUAUCAGACAUUACGUUCGCAGUAUUUGUGGCACCAAACCAUAUUUUGAAAAAACUCUUCAUCCAUCCAGACGGAGCAAUUGGUUCAAAUAUGUGCAAAUUUCUAACGAGUGGAAACAUGGCCUGGGUGGGUGCAGCUUCAUCGUCUGUGACCUUAGUUGUAAUAGCAGUUGAACGUUAUUACACUGUAAUGUGUCCUAUAGGUAACACAAGAAAACUAAACAAGCGUACAGUAAAGGUAAGGAAGCAUGAAACUGCAGUUUAUUAUCUCCUUCGUUCUCCUUAAAGUCGUUGAAUUACUUGCUUCAAGAAAUAUUUCAGCUAAAAACCCUCAGUUUACAAUGCUAAACUGCGUUAUCACAUUUUUUUUGGUUGCUUAUCACGCAUUUCAGAUAAUCAUUUGUGGAUGUUGGAUCUUUGCACUGACUUUAAAUUCGCCAAUGAUCUCAGUGACGACAUUCGAUGACGAAAGUAGCGACUGCAAGUGGGAUUGGCCUGAACAGUGGAUGGGUGUGGCAAAUGAGACCACGUGGCUUGUACUGUUGGCUUGUAUUCCUUUAGCGAUAAUGACAGGAUUAUACUCAACGGUUGUGUACAGUUUAUGGUUUAAACGAAAUGAUGACCAGGAACUCGCCUAUCGUCAGAAGGUAAGAACCAGACCAACAUGACCAUUCAGGGAAUUGCAAGAGAUCAGCUAGUACACUCCAUUUGGGAUACUGUACGGAAGAUCACCGAGAGUCGCGGUAAAAAAAAAUGAAAAUAUGCACUUCAACGAAAAUUGAUCUAAAUCUGGCGGGAGUUCGAGUUCCUAUGCGAUUAAGCAUUCGAGAGAAAUAAUGCCUUUCACGUUUAGCGUCAACAUUAACUCUGCACACUCCAUCACGUUGAAAUUUCCAAAUAAUUUAGGUAAGAAACUUUUGUAGGAAGAUCGACCACUGGAUUUGUAAUUUGUUUCCUUCUAAUUUCUAGGGGGUCCUUAAGGUUAGGAAACGAGUCACUUUGAGUGUGAUCACUGUCAGUGCCAUAUUUGGAAUCUGUUGGAUUACUGGCCUUCUUAUUUACGUCCUGAGUUACUACGACAUCUACAUGUUUGGGGACGCUUCUUACGCCAUUUCUGACACUCUGUUCAUGUUUAAUUCAGCAGUAAAUCCUCUUGUUUAUUCUCUGCUGAAUGAGCGUUUCAAGAGGAAGAUCAAGACCAUGUUUUGCAGUAAAUGUACAUCCAGGGUUCAUACCUUGAGUGAAAGUGCAAGUAUAGAACUACCUAACAACCCGUCCCGUACCAACAACACUGCCGCUGGAUAUAUCGAUUAA